AUGGGAAAGUCCCCAGAACGACCUUGUUGGCAUGGUGGCAUCUACAACACUAACACGUCAGACUGCAUCUGUUACCAUGGUUACAUAGGCAAAUGGUGCCAUAAACUCAUGGAAGACUGUAGUGAAGGCUGGACCCUACCAUAUUACAAUAAAGAAAAAACAGUGUUCAGCAUCCACCCAACCACAUCACCCUACCCCUUCAAGGUCUUCUGUGAGAUGGUGCACAAGGGCAAGCUUACCAUACUUCGCAUAACUCCAGAUGCCCCUUAUGUGGACUUCAACAGAACCUUCACGGAGUACAAAGAUGGAUUCGGUGACCUUGAGGGCAAUCUCUGGCUGGGGCUGGAGAAGUUCUACUACCUGACCAACCACCGCAACAUGGUCUUGAAGGUGGUCGUGAAGACCAAUGGGUAUGAAAAACAAACAUCUUUCAGGCAGCGUUUCUACAACGAUUUUAAAUUGUCCAGUGAAUCUGACGGUUAUCGUUUCAACUUCUCAUCACACGAAACAAAACCGGGAGAAGCAGCACUUGGAGACUGUCUAACAGAGGUAAAGGGACUCCCUUUCUCCACAAUCGACAAUGACAGGGACACCAAGGUCGGCAACUGCGCUAAGACUCACCUCUCCGGCUGGUGGUACAAGAACUGCGGGCCAUGCAACCCGACCGGGAAACUACAACCAACGUCCGAGCUGACCCAGACAACCGAUCCAAUCUAUGUUCGCAUGACAAUCGAUGGAGAUUUACCGGCCCUUGAGUCCCCGGAACGACCCUGUUUCCAUGGCGGCACUUACAACCCUACGACGUCGGACUGCAUCUGCUACCAUGGUUACAUUGGCAGCCGGUGUCACAAACUCAUGCAAGAUUGUAGUGAGGGCUUUGACCAACCGUAUUAUGUUGAGAUGGAUGCCAUGGUCCCUGUCCACCCGCGCAGCUCACCCUAUCCCAUCAAGGUCUACUGCGAGAUGAGGCAUGGCGGGAAGCUCGUCAUCCUCCGCAGAACGUUUAAAGCCCCGGAAGUGGACUUCAACAGAACCUUUGCAGAGUACAAAGAUGGCUUCGGUGACCUUGAGGGAAAUGCCUGGUUUGGGUUACAAAAGUUACACCAUCUAACCAGUCACCGAAACAUGACCUUACAGAUCACAGUAAAGGCGAGGACUGAUACUGGAAAACCGGAAUUCAGAAAGCGGUUCUACAUUGGCUUUCAGCUAUUGAAUGAAUCAGAUGGUUACUCCUUCACGUUCUUGUCACAAAAACCCGAUCCAGUUUGGCCGCUUGGGGACUGCCUAGCGACAGCGGUAGGACAGCCUUUCUCCACCAUCGACAACGACAAGGACACCGACGUCGGCAACUGUGCCAUGAUUCACCUUUCGGGCUGGUGGUUCCAAAAUUGCGGCAUGUGCAACCCAACAGGAAAACUGCAGCCGAAGUCCGAGCUGACCCAGAACGCUGAUCCAACCUAUGUAAAUAUGCCGAUCGAUGGGAAUAAAGCGGCCCUUGAGGUGAAGAUGUACCUGACGUAUUUUGGGUAA